CAACAGAGCACAGACCGUGCGUUUGUUUACAGUAAAAUCACGUUCGGAAACGACCGCACCACGUUGUCUCGCUCAAUUUUAUUUCAUUUUCUACCUACUAAACCCAGUAGCCGGAAUUAGCAAUGAGUGAAGAAAGUGAAGAUCAAACACUGAUUUGUGUCCCCGGUCAGAUAUUGUGUGCCGCCUCCGAGUUCACCGUUGCCGGCCAGGGAACGUACGAAAAGCUGGGCUACAUUCACGCCACCCUUGCCGGCAUCGUGCAGAUGAAGAAGCGCGAGAAAAACACCUUCAUCUCGGUGGUUUCCUUCGGCGGUGGAGCAACGGUCCCGGUCAUAGGCGAUAUUGUCACAGCACGGAUUACGGCCGUACAAAAUCGAAUGGCAAGAUGCCGCAUACUGUGCAUCGGCAAAACGGCACUGAACCGCACGCUGCGUGGAAUCAUCCGCAAGGAGGACGUGCGCGCCACGGAGGUGGAUCGUGUGGAAAUGCACAAAUGCUUCCGACCGGGCGAUAUCAUUCUGGCCCGAGUUUUGCAUCAAAUCGAGCUGAACGUGUUCCAUCUGUCCACGGCGGAUAACGAGCUGGGCGUUGUGGUGGCAAUUUCUCCGAGUUCGCGCGCUACCUGGGGUGCGGAUCCGAUUCCGAUGGUUCCGAUCUGCUGGACGGAAGUGCAGUGUCCGGUGACGCUGGUGAAAGAGCCGCGCAAAGUAGCGAAGGUGGUACCGGAGAAGGGCGAGUCGCUGAAGAAGAGUCUAGCGCUGUUUUAAUUUUAAGAGGAAAAAUGCAGAUAUUGUAAAGCAAAAGGAAUAAAUUCAUGUACAAUUUCAAA